AUGAAGUUUUUACUCUUUAUAUUUCUCAUAACACGAACUCAACAAUAUGUUUUUGAUCGAUUCAUACAAAAUCAAACAAAUAUAGAUGAAAAUCGUUUACAAGUAUUGAAUAACCAAUAUCAAAAAAAUCCAAAUAGAUCUGUGAUUUCAAAUAAGAUUCUUAUUAUUAUUAUUGCAUGUCUUACUAUGGUGGUAAUAGUAGCAUUAUUAACAAUUUAUUUUAACAAAGAUGAAAUCAAAGAUUUUAUCAGACGUAUAGGUUUAAAUAAACGUCCUACAAUUAUUCAUCAAUUUCAUCCAGAAGUUCUCUUACAUUCGUCAGUUCGUGAACAAUAUAAACAACAAACACUACCAUAUGAGCAACGUCAUGCUCAAUUGUCUGCAAAUAUUAAGUCUAAGCCCACAUAUGAACGUAAAAAACGAGAACAAAUAUCUAUGCAUGCCUUUAUGAAUUUAUCUAAUAAAGAUCAACUAGAUUCGAUAUAUGACAGUCAACAUUCAAAAUCGGCAGCUAAUCUUUUUUUGUAUCAUUAA